UCUGCCGCGCUCCAAUUUGAUUCCUCGGCGAGUUCUCGUUCCCUCCCGAAAAUUACCGACGAGGAAUUCUCCUUUCGAUUCCCGAGAAAAUCGGAACUCCCCUCCAACAUCCAAUUCCUCCAAUUCUUUCUGCAAUCGAGUAGGUCGGUCGGAGUCACUCGACCCGGCCACCGGCCGGACAGUUCUGUUAGGUUUCCGAGAUGAUUCAGUGUUGUCAAUGGCGAACUACUGUUAUAAGCUCCAGAUGACGGUCCGUUUGACUCCGUUCCUGACGAGAUCGCUGUUCUUCUCCUUCUUCAUCUUCCUCGUGUUGUCUGUAACCAGGUCUUCUGGCGGUGAAGCACAAAUUGAGAGAACAUUGGCUAUCAUAAAACCAGACGGAUUGUUCGGCAACCACACAGAUGCUGUAAAGAAGAUUAUUUUGGAGUCUGGCUUCAGAAUCUUGAAGGAAAAGAUUGUUCAGUUAGAUCAAGAAAGUGCAGCAAGCUUUUAUGCUGAGCACUCCGCAAGGAGCUUCUUUCACAGCCUCGUCCAAUACAUGACUAGUGGUCCAGUGUUGGUUAUGGUUUUGGAAAGGGAUGAUGCUGUUUCUGGCUGGCGUACUUUGAUUGGGCCAACAGAUGCAAUCAAAGCUAAAAUCACUCACCCUCAAAGCAUCAGAGCAAUGUGUGGGACCGAUGCUGAGAAGAAUUGUGUUCACGGUUCCGAUUCAUCUCAAUCAGCCCAACGAGAGAUAUCUUUUUUCUUUGACUCUAUGCCUUCAGGGCUGCAAGAUAUUGAACAUGAUGAACUGUAGCUGGAAAAUGCAGAGUAUCCCUUUGCACCUCUUAAUCUCUGCUGUUGAAUCCAUAUCAGACAGAUUCCUUAUCUUCUUGAGACUGGCACGGAGGAUCAUUUCUAUAAAAUUCUAGUUCUGUGUCGCUCAAUUUAUUGUUUUUGUUCAGCCACAUUGACCUAGAGAAGCCCUCUAUGUUUAGUUGUUGUCAGCUCAAAAUAUCUUUGUGUGUAGCUGAAGAGUACGAGCCUAAGUGUAUCAUUGGAGAAACAAUAGUGGACCUGCUUAAUCAGGUUUGCAUCUCAUGGCGUUUCAGGGAUAUUUACGUGAUCAUUACACACACCACAAACUACUUCUGGAUUUCACCUGAUAUACAUAGUCCAAUCUUUAUUCA